AAGUGUUGCGUAAUGCGGCCGCAGUACAAUUGCGUUCGUAUUGCGGCCCGCAUUCACUUUCUAAAUGUGCGGGGUGAUGAGUUGUUCUAAUUUGUCUCUCACGAUGCGUGCAGCGUACAAUUGCGUCAGAGCAUAUCACGUGUUUGUAAUCAUAUAAAAAUUGGCAUACUGGCGGGAAUUGACUUAAAGACAGGUGGCAGUAAUAAUAACUGCUUUACCACGUAUAUUUUCAACCCCGUCGAUUCUUGCACGGCUUCGCCUAAACCGCAACGCAUUUUACAAGAGGAUCAAGAUCCACAUGGCGAAAAUGAUUGUGCUUCCCUUAAGAAAAUGGCUCUCCAAGAGAACGCACCAGGUGAUACCGACUGCACCCGCAUUCACCAACCCAAAGUGUGCAUGGAAGAGUACGUGCUAAAUUGUAAUGGGGAGAAAAAGACGUGUGUAGAUGGACUUCCUUGUACGGAUUCGAAUGUGACCCAGUUGUAUACUAUAAGCCAAAAUGGGAACGAGGAAAGAACAUAUGAUGAACCUUUCGCUGGAGAUUUGCCAAGAACGCGAUCGUGGCUUUGUUGUCCUGGAUCUCAAAAGCAAAUCGAGGCCGAACAGCCGCCUCUUGUCGAAGAAGCUAAAACGCCUUCGAGUCAGGACGAGACCGUUACCAAAGCGCCGUCCCCUUACGAAUUUCCCGGAGGAGCAUAUGAACGUCUUCAGCAAAAAUUGGAAGAACAAUCUCAGCGAUAUGAAGAGCAGCUGACAGAGUUACACUCUGUGAUUGCUGAAUUGACGCGAAAGUUACACCAACAGCGAUCUAUGGCUAUUGUAGAAGAAGAUGAAGGAUCAGAGGUUGGUACAAGUGGCCAUGAAGACUCCAUUACCUGUCCAUUAGAAGUAAGUGAGUUAGAUGCUGCCGAAAACGAUUUAUCAGAUUUCGAGAAUAAAAUAAUACCCGACAGUCCGAUUGAGCUUCCCGAGCCGAAAUUUAUCUCUUCCAUUCCAGAGGGAGGCGAAGUGUCCUCCGAAAUCAUAGAAUCGCUAAAAUUAGAAAUUGUUAGUUUAAAGGCCCAACUGCUUGAUGCGCAGGGAAAAUUAACUUCUGAUAAUUACUGCAGCACGGAGAAAGAGAUGAACGCUUCGUCACCUGAUUCGCAUAUAGAAUCUGAUUACAACUCCAAAAACGAGAAUAAUAUCAAAUACAGCAGCAUCGUGCCAAUACAUAAGAAUAAUGUUGCUAAUUUGGUAGGGUUUACCACCACUCCGGUCACUAAAGUCGCGGAACGUAUUAAGUUGAAACGCGCGACCGAUAGUCAAAGAGACGUGAAACUUAACGAUCUGGUGAACACAGAUUUGCCAACAGCAAUUGCUGAACAUAUUGUGGGUGAUAUAUUAAGGCAAUGUGAUGUACAAAGCGAGAAGUACGCAGUAGAUUUAGAAUUAAGAAGUUUAACUGCCAAACUGGAACACACAAAGGCUCAGAAUUCAGUUUUGGCGUUAACCUUAUCAGAAACAAAAUCUCAUUGUGAUAGAUUAGCUUUACUAUGUGGAAAAUAUGAAUCCAAUGCAAUAGCUUUACGAUUAGCUUUAGGAGUUAUGGAUCGAGCAGUAGAAGCGUAUGAUGUACUGCUAGCACUACUUGAGACUGAAUUAGCCUUAAAUCAAGAAAAUGAAGAAACUGUGAAGAACAGAAUUGAAGCUGAAAUAAUUGCGAAACAGCUACUGCACCAUUUGGACAUGUUCCAAGACACUGACGUAUUAUUAUCGCCCUGGCAGAAUCGCGCUUUUACAAGUCCUAACGCAGACAGUAGCAAUAUGCAACCGUGGACUGCCGAUGAGGAGGUUAGGCUGAGAGAGCACGUCUCUAGGUUAAAAGCAGAAAGAAGCACAAUUCAAGGAACGUACGUUGUUCUGGAGUCGCCGCAAGUUGAAUCAACAACGCUUAAACUUAGCAACACGCAAGAAUCUCGUAAGAUGGAUUUGGAAAUGGCUGUACUUAUACAGGAAUUAAUGGGCUUGAGAGAAGAAAAAGUAGAUUUAAUAUCAAAAUUGUACACAUUGGAAAAAGACAAAAGCGCGAUACAGCUGAAAUUGAAAUACGUUGAAGGUCAACAGAAAGCUCAAGCAGCCACGUUAAAAAAUUUGCAGGGGCAGCUUAAGGAUACGGAAGCGCUUCUGGCCAUCGCCACCCAAAACAAAGAAAGAGGGUAUUCCGAUGCUGAACACGCCCAAGGUGUUGAAUUGGAGCUGAUUCAAGCAUUGGCGCGAGAAGCGCGAUUAAAGAUUCGUCUACAAGAACUCGUUUCGACGUUAGAACAAGUUACUAAAAAUGCGGAGGCAAGGCUGCUGGAAGGUCGUGAAAUGGUGCACGACUUGAAUAACACUAAUAGUAUACUGGCUGACACUGUGGAUAGAAAUCAUAAAAAGUAUCAAGCGCGAUUAACAAAAAUGGAACAACAAAUGAUUAGUAUGGUCGAACGGCAUAAUUCACAGGUGGCAACCCUGCAGCAGCGCAUAGCAGCUUUAGAAACACCCCAGACUAACAGCUCUGAGAACUCAUUAAAUUCCGUACCUUUGUAAGAGAUACCUUAAUGCAUAAAAUUUGUUAAACGUUUUGCCCGGUAGAUACUGAGCAGCAAGUAUUAACAUAUUUAAUUUUAUAUGUUCUUGUAAGUAAGUGGCUCUUGUUAGUACUUGUAAAGUACACUAUUAUCAUGUAAUUUUAUUUAUGUAAAGAUUU